AUGGCUCGCAGAGAGCAAUUCGAAGGGAAUCCAAAUCAAAAUAAAGUAUCAAACAGAGACGUGCCCACACUUGGGCUCACCAACCCAGUUGUUUCCAUUUCAGCAAGUUUAUCUGGCGAAAGUUUAGCUAGCCAAGUCAAGGCUUUCCUUGUCUCAGAGUUGAUCAAGGUGUGGUGUUCCUUUAACACACCAGUAAAAAAGGAUAUAUUUUCUUCCAGGGCACCAGAGGAUCCUUUGGUACGAAAUCCAGGUAGGUAUGUAAUAGAUCCUUUAAAAUCCCAGGAUUCUUCAGGAACAUCACAACUCUGGUAUGACGGAUCACUAUUCAUGCUACAAAACCACACUGUGGAAGCAUUGGCGACAACUCCAUUUGCUAGCUUCCGCCACUUGCUACAAGCAUCACACUGA